AUAGCUCUUAUUAGCCUCGUUUAUAUCACUUCUCUUCACGCUUCACUCUUUUUACUCUCCUUCGUUUUCUAUUCUCCAAUUUCGGCUAGGGUUUAACCUCAGCUACUAGUGAUGGGUAAGGAAAAGUUUCACAUCAACAUUGUAGUCAUUGGCCAUGUUGACUCUGGGAAGUCAACAACCACUGGCCACUUGAUCUACAAGCUUGGAGGAAUCGACAAGCGUGUUAUUGAGAGAUUUGAGAAGGAAGCUGCUGAGAUGAACAAGAGGUCAUUCAAGUAUGCCUGGGUGCUUGACAAGCUUAAGGCUGAGCGUGAAAGAGGAAUCACAAUUGAUAUUGCCCUGUGGAAGUUUGAGACCACCAAGUACUACUGCACUGUCAUCGAUGCUCCUGGACACAGGGAUUUUAUUAAGAAUAUGAUUACUGGGACAUCCCAAGCUGACUGUGCUGUGCUCAUUAUUGAUUCCACUACUGGUGGUUUUGAAGCAGGUAUUUCCAAGGAUGGACAGACUCGUGAACAUGCUCUUCUAGCUUUUACUCUUGGUGUGAAGCAGAUGAUCUGUUGCUGUAACAAGAUGGAUGCUACUACACCCAAGUACUCAAAGUCCAGAUUUGAUGAAAUUGUGAAAGAAGUCUCUUCCUACUUGAAGAAGGUUGGAUACAACCCUGAUAAGAUUCCUUUUGUUCCCAUCUCUGGUUUUGAGGGAGACAACAUGAUUGAGAGGUCCACAAAUCUGGAUUGGUACAAGGGUCCUACCCUUCUUGAGGCCCUUGACCAGAUCAAUGAGCCAAAGAGGCCAUCAGACAAGCCCCUCAGGUUACCGCUCCAGGAUGUUUACAAGAUUGGAGGAAUCGGGACUGUACCUGUUGGACGUGUUGAAACUGGUGUCAUCAAACCUGGAAUCGUGGUGACUUUUGGACCAACUGGAUUGACAACUGAAGUUAAGUCUGUGGAGAUGCACCAUGAAGCUCUCCAAGAGGCCCUUCCGGGUGACAAUGUGGGGUUCAAUGUGAAGAAUGUUGCUGUUAAGGAUCUUAAGCGUGGUUUUGUUGCCUCAAACUCCAAGGAUGAUCCUGCCAAGGAGGCUGCUAAUUUUACCUCUCAGGUUAUCAUCAUGAAUCAUCCUGGUCAGAUUGGAAAUGGCUAUGCCCCUGUUCUCGACUGUCACACCUCCCACAUUGCUGUUAAGUUUGGGGAACUUUUGACAAAGAUUGACAGACGAUCUGGCAAAGAGCUUGAGAAAGAACCCAAGUUCUUGAAGAAUGGUGAUGCUGGUCUUGUGAAGAUGAUUCCCACUAAACCUAUGGUGGUAGAAACUUUCUCUGAGUAUCCUCCUCUUGGUCGGUUUGCUGUGAGGGACAUGCGUCAGACUGUUGCUGUUGGAGUCAUCAAGAGUGUCGAGAAGAAGGAUCCUACUGGAGCCAAGGUCACCAAGGCUGCACAGAAGAAGGGGAAGUGAACCGUGCUGAUUGGUUCAUCAAGUGAAGUUAAUUAUUAUGACUACAAUAAAUGUUGCUAUCUUGCAUUAAGUACAUCUGUGGCUUGUUUAGUUUUUUUGUUUAUUGGACAUCUUUUGAAGUCGCCACCAUCGUCUCGUAGCUUUUGUUCCCAGAACUGGGUUCUUGAUAGACGGUGGCGAGGCUUCUCAUUUUUGCGCGCUAUAUUUUGAUGUGUGAGGACGGCUUGGUUAUUUGCUGCUCUGGUUAAUUUUAGAUUUCAUCUUAUAUUGUGUUCAAA